AAAAAUUAAGCCUGGCACUCCAUUCCCCUAGAAGAUCAAAUGGACAACGAAGUGAAGCUUCAUGGAUUUUGGCCAAGCCCCUUUGUUUAUCGGGUGAUAUGGGCACUGAAAUUGAAGGGCAUCGAGUAUGAUUACAUAGAAGAAGACCUGGCUAACAAGAGUGAGUUGCUGUUACGUUACAAUCCAGUUUACGAGAAAGUUCCCGUGCUGGUUCAUGCUGGAAAACCCAUUUCUGAGUCCCUUGUAAUCCUUGAAUAUAUUGAAGAGGUGUGGCCCCAUAACCCACUGCUGCCAAAAGAUCCCUAUGAGAGAUCUGUAGCUCGGUUUUGGAUAAAUUUUGCAACGGACAAGGGACGUAGUUCUGUUAGAUCCCUCUUCUGGGGAGGAGGAGAUGGCAAGAAAGAGGCAGCAGAACAAAUGUUUGACCUUCUGAAAAUUAUUGAAGAGCAAGCUCUUGGGGACAAGAAGUUUUUUGGUGGCAACUCGAUCAAUAUGGUGGACUUGAUAUUUGCCUGGUUUGCCUGUUGGAUUCAACCCAUGGAACAGUUGGUGGGGAUCAAGGUUUUGGAACCAAGUCGUUUACCAAGCUUGCACGCAUGGGUCAAGAAUUUCAAGGAAGAGCCCAUCAUCAAAGAAAAUCUUCCUGACCCUGAGAGAUUGUUGGCGUAUUAUACGAGGCUGACGUCAAAUCUUGUGUCAAAGCCUACUUAGUAUCACAGGAUGGUGGGGAUAUUGAACUUCUUCCAACAUUACUAAAUUUACCAAUAUGUCUAUUGAAAUUUCACUUAGAAAAAUUACUCUGUGGGUUACUUUGUAAGAAUAAAGUGUUUUGCACAUUUCAAGGUCACAGAAUUUAGAAGUUCUUACUCAUUCAAUGGCA